CCAGUUUUUGCAGUUGGACCUCCAAUUUGUUGUCUCACGGUGCAGAAAGAAAAGACAUUGUUAAAAAAAAUAUAUAAUAACUGAUAAGUUACUUAAUAUAUUUGGGUUUAAGUCAAACCACAUUACUCAACUACUCGAAAAUCAUGGCUCCUAAGGAUUACUUGGCUGAGAAAGAGAAAUGCAAGAAGUUCCUUCAAGAGUUUUACAGUGAGGAUGACAAUGGAAAGAAGGUCUUCAAAUAUGGAGCUCAGCUUGUUGCCCUGUCCCACAGGGAGCAGGUGGCUUUGCAAGUGGACCUGGACGAUGUGGCCGAGGAGGACCCAGAGUUGGUGGAGAGCAUCUGUGAGAACGCCAAACGCUACAUGGGCCUGUUCGCUGAUGCCGUCCACGAGCUGCUGCCAGAGUACCGUGAGAGAGAGGUGGUGGCCAAGGAUUCCCUGGAUGUGUACAUUGAGCAUAGGCUGAUGAUGGAGCAGAGAGGUCACGACACCGCAGACACAAGGGAUCCUCGCAACCAGUACCCAGCAGAGCUCAUGAGGAGAUUUGAGCUCUACUUCAAACCGCCCAGCACUGCCAAACCCAAAGUGGUCCGUGAUGUCCGUGCAGACAGCAUUGGCCAGUUGGUGACAGUUAGGGGCAUCGUGACCCGUGCCACUGAGGUCAAGCCCAUGAUGGCAGUUGCCACUUACACCUGUGACCAGUGUGGCGCAGAGACAUACCAGCCGAUUCAAUCCCCCACAUUCAUGCCCCUCAUCAUGUGUCCCAGUCAAGAGUGUGUCACCAACAAGUCAGGCGGCCGCCUCUACCUGCAGACCCGAGGCUCAAAGUUCGUCAAGUUUCAGGAACUGCGCAUACAGGAACACAGUGACCAGGUUCCUGUGGGAAACAUCCCCAGGAGCAUGACCAUCUACACCCGCGGGGAGAACACGCGCGUGGCCCAGCCCGGAGACCACGUGGCUAUCGCCGGCGUCUUCCUCCCUCUGCUGCGCACUGGCUUCAGACAGGCUGUCCAAGGUCUGCUUUCAGAGACGUACCUGGAGUCCCACAGCAUCACUCUAAUGAACAAGACCGAGGAUGAUGAGCUGGGCACAGCAGAGCUGAGUGAGGAAGAGCUGCGCCAGAUCACAGAGGAAGAUUUCUAUGAGAAGCUUGCUGGCUCCAUUGCUCCUGAGAUUUUUGGCCAUGAAGAUGUGAAGAAGGCUCUGCUGCUGCUCCUGGUUGGAGGAGUGCAGCAGGCCCCCAAGGGUAUGAAGAUCAGAGGCAACAUAAACAUCUGUCUGAUGGGAGACCCAGGAGUAGCCAAGUCCCAACUGCUGUCAUACAUUGACCGCCUGGCUCCUCGCAGCCAGUAUACAACGGGUCGAGGUUCCUCUGGCGUUGGGCUGACGGCAGCGGUGAUGCGUGACCCCCUCACCGGGGAGAUGACCCUGGAGGGUGGCGCACUGGUGCUGGCUGACCAGGGUGUCUGCUGCAUCGACGAGUUUGACAAGAUGGCAGAUGCCGAUCGCACAGCCAUCCACGAGGUGAUGGAGCAGCAGACCAUCUCCAUUGCCAAGGCGGGCAUCAUGACCUCCCUCAACGCCCGCUGCUCCAUCCUGGCAGCCGCCAACCCUGCCUAUGGCCGCUACAACCCGCGAAAAACCAUAGAGCAGAACAUCCAGCUGCCAGCCGCCCUGCUCUCCCGUUUCGACCUGCUGUGGCUCAUCCAGGACAAGCCUGACGCGGAGGCCGAUCUCCGCCUGGCCCAGCACAUAACCUAUGUUCACCAGCACUGCCGCCAGCCACCCACUCACUUCACCCCCAUCGAUAUGAAGCUCAUGAGACGUUACAUCUCCCUGUGUAAGAGGCGACAGCCCGUCAUACCCGAGUCGCUGGCUGAUUACAUCACGGCGGCCUACGUGGAGAUGAGGAAGGAGGCGCGUGUCAGCAAGGACUGCACCUUCACCUCUGCCCGUACACUCCUGUCCAUCCUCCGCCUCUCCACCGCCCUGGCCCGUUUGCGGCUGGUGGAUGUUGUGGAGAAAGAGGAUGUGAACGAGGCGAUGAGGCUCAUGGAAAUGUCCAAGGACUCCCUGCAGGCCGACAAGUCCAGCACCACCAGAGCCCAUCGGCCAGCGGACGUGAUCUUCUCCUUGCUGCGCGAGCUGGCCACGGAGGGUGUGAAGGGCCGGGGUGGGUCCGGGGGCCUGGUGCGCAUGGCAGAGGCUGAACAGCGGUGUGUUUCCCGUGGCUUCACCCCUGCCCAGUUCCAGGAGGCCCUAGAGGAGUAUGAAGAGCUCAACGUGUGGCAAGUCAACCAGGCCCGUACCCGCAUAACCUUCGUCUAAAGCAGGGCGGUUUGAUUCCGGUCCUAGAGGGCCUGAACACUUUCUGGUAUUAAUUUUACACAACUGGUGUCCCUGGUCUGAAUUAGUCCCUGAUUAGGAGGACAGGAUGAAAACCAGAAGCGUUUCGGCACUCGAGGACUGAUGCUGUGUUCCCUUCACCAGCCACAGGCCUUUUUCGCCCAAACCCGGUCAAGGGCUCUGCCUGUGAUGAGAUGCUUAAUGGGCUGUUGACUGUGAUGGGACCCCUAAGUGUGUCCUCAUCUACACCGUCACAACCAAUAAUUAAAUGCAAACAUGCAUGGUGGUUCUUGGCUUUGUUUUGCAAUGGUUAAAUGUUAACUGUGGGAUUUUGCUUACUUGGCUAUUAAGUGCUUUUUUUAAAUGUUAGAUGGCUGUUCUCAAAUAAAACUCUGUAAAUACAAUUAUUUCAUAUGAAAUCUGUUUGACUCAACCUCUUUUGUAUUACAUAUACAAUGGUCAUUGGAGUAGGCCUUUAGCUCUUCAGUUAAAUCAAUGCCUGGAGCUGACAUUUUGAGCUUCUGUGUUAACUUUAAUAUUAGACAACUUUAAUAUACUUUGGCUAUAGGGGAAUUAAUGGACAAUACUUUCAAUGCGCUCUUAAAUGCUUGUACAUUAUGAAUGUCAGUGUUAAUAAAUUAAUGGCUUAACUUGA